CGCUUCCCACCUCAGUCACUCCUUCUGCCACCCACUGCCCGCGUCUGCUGCAGCAUUGAUUGUUCAGCACCCGCCCGCCUGCCUGCCUGCACGCACGCACGCACGCACGCAGGCAAUCAACCAACGCACGCUCACACACACCGUACGCACGCACGCCCGCACGCCCGCCCACCCUCUCGCAGCGCAGCGCAGCGCACCAGAACGAACAGCCAGCGUUGUGCUCCACGGAUCGCCCAUUCACCGGAAAAGGAACCCUCUCCGUGCGCGACCGCAACGUCAAGUCGGACAAACCGGACAAGUCGGAGGAAUCGUGGUCUCUGACACCGGCACGCGCGUGCUGCUGGCUGCGAGCGCAUUCCUUGUGCGCGAGCCUGCACAAGGGGAGAGAGACGAAGCGGCUAAGGCACCCCACGCGACUUCACUCAGCCUUGCACGCACGCUGUGCCCCUUCCAGUCAGCCCUGCAGCAGUGCGGAGACCUCUCUUCUGCCUGGUGCAGCAAGGGAACGCAACACAGGCCCAGUUAAACAUCCUGCUGCCCGGCGCACCUCUGCUCCAUCCUUCGUCAGGCAACCUGCCAAAAAAUCAAAAAGCACGAUUAAACUCGUUCUCGGGGCCGGUCCUUUUGCGCGCUGUGCGCCUUCCACACUCCUCAUCAUCAUCAUCAUCGACUUGCCUCCAGUUGGCCUUAGUAACGAACGAACCUUCCCACACAGCAACUGGGCUUCUUCUUUUCUCUUCCUUCCAUACCUGGUUGUAAACGUACCCGACUCGGCCCACGCGAGUGUACCCGAGCUUUGCCUUUCCCGUCAACUCGACAGCACCCUCCCUGGACCCAACCUCUCCACGCCGGCUGUGUCGAUCUGGUCGUGACAGGUCUUCAUUUGACGUCGCUCUCUACUGCUGGUCACCAUGUGCAGCCAUUGUCGAAUCGAAUAGCCUUCACCCACCCCACCCCACCACCACCACCACUACGACCACCAACCACCAACCACCACCUCCUGGUCGUAACCAUGAACCUAUUCUCCGACAAUCAUCGCCUCGACAGCUAUUCGCCACGCAGCGUGUCUGCCGCUAGUUCCACGUCUCACGCGCAGCAGCUGCCCUCUGCUGCUGUCCCUUCGCCGGCGAAGAUCAAUUCAGGUAUAGCUAUGAGCGUGAAUCCUGCCUCGACCGGAAUGAGCGCCACGUCUCUUCCCCCUCGUAGCAGCUCGUUGCACCAGAUCUAUCCCGUCAAUUCCUACCCUUCAGUGUCUCAAGACUCCUUGGCGGAUAUCAGAAUGUCUCCCCGCAACUAUCAGUCGUCGUCGCCCAUCCCGCGCCGGACUUUGUCAGAUCGCACAUUUUCGGAGCGCUCUCCGUCCCCACAUUCUCGUGCUGGCCACUCGGGGGCGAUGGCAGAAGCAAUCUCCAACAAUGGUCGAGCUCCCAGUCUGCUUCGAAAGCUGUCUCGUGGAGCUUCCAACAGACUGCGUCGCCGCGCUUCUACCGCCCACUCGAUGCGUCUACGAGACCAGAGCGCAGGACCUCUUCUCGUUCGUCGGCGUAGUGAUAGCAAUGGCGCGUCAGACUUCCAAGACGUCUCGGACCUGGACCUGGACAGCAAUACCGAAGAUCACGAUGACUAUCCGCCCUACAUUAAGGAUCGCAAUAACGCCCUCGGUAUUAAUGUCGGUCGACCCACUGUUGCCCCCACCAGCACCGCGAGCACGUUCGUCGGCGGUAUCGCCCCAUCUUCCUCUGCCCUUCUCGAGAAGGGAACGUGGGUGUGGAAACUUACUCGACGCAAUCGGAAACGCAUCCAGUUACGUUUGGAUUCCAGCUCGGCGAGAGUGUGCUGGCAUGGUAAGAAACCUGAUAAGUCUUUCUUCAUCGAUGACGUCCGUGAGAUGCGUAUUGGAGCACAAUCGAGGAAUGCGCGAGACGACAUUCAAGUUGGUCUCGACCAGGAAGAUUUGCUCGUCAGUAUUGUCUACUGUACUCCAGAGCGUUUCAAAGGACGCAUCAUUAAGACUAUGAACAUCUUGAUGCCUGAUAACUACAUAUUGAAGCUGUGGACGUCAGCGCUCAAUAUCGUCACUCGAGAGCGCAUAGAAUUUAUGAAUGCACUCUCAUCAAAUCCCGAAAAGGCGGAAAAGGGCAUGGCCAUCGCCUGGAAACAGCAUAUGGCUCUCAAAGACUCCGCGGAUGAAGAGCGUCUUGAUCUGAAGGAUGCCAUGUCGAUGUGCCGCAAGCUGGAGAUCAAUUGCACCGAGUCUGCUGUCAAGACGCACUUCAAGGCCAUCAGUCGCGAUGAGCACAUGUCUCUGGAUUACAACCAGUACAAGGAUUUCAUCCAGUCAUUCCGGGAACGAAAAGACAUCACUCAUAUCUUCAAGAAUUGGCAGCUUGGCACUGAUCACGACAUGGACCUGGAAACUUUCUUCGACUUUAUGCGCCAAGAGCAAAAAGUCGACGUCGACAAAGACCGGGCGUACUGGCAAAGUGUCUUUGACAAGUUCGCACGUCCUGCACAAAACCGCCCCAGUUUACCAGACGCUGUUCCAAGUUCCCUCCAGAAAGUGUGGACAAUUCAAAGCUUCCAGAGCUUCUUGACCUCAUCGUACACCUCGCCGAUCGCGCCUUUGGUAGGCGAGCCUAUACUGGACAGACCCUUGAAUGAGUAUUUCAUCUCGAGCUCUCACAACACAUACCUGCUCGGGCGACAAGUGGCCGGCACGUCGAGCGUCGAAGGUUACAUUGCCGCAUUGGUGAAGGGGUGCCGUUGCGUCGAGAUUGAUUGCUGGGAUGGCGAUGAUGGUCGCCCAAUUGUGACACACGGAAGGACGAUGACGAGUAAGAUUCCUUUCGAGGAUUGCGUCUCUGUUGUUGCCAAGUAUGCCUUCCACAGCUCGCCAUACCCAUUGAUCGUCUCUUUGGAAGUCCAUUGCAACUCUGAGCAACAGCUCAUUAUGGUAGACAUAUUGCGCAGAACUCUCGGUACCAUGAUGAUCACGGAGCCCAUUUCAAGCAACACUGUCAGCUUGCCUUCGCCAGAGGAGCUCCGUAAUAAGAUUCUGAUCAAGGUCAAGGCCUCUGCCGAGAUUGAACAGUCCCAAUGGCUGAACGAAAAUAUCACAGGGCGCAGCAGAGCUCGCAGUUUGACGUCCAGCUUCGGUCGAACUCCUUCGACAGAGAACACGAGCGCCAUGUCGUCUCCUGCAGUGUCCAGCUCGGUUGCGACAAGUCCGUCCGAGACCAAUGCAGUCUUCACUCCUCGCGGAUCUGGCGCCGUGACCCCCAGCAGCUCUGCAGACGAUAGUGACGAGUUACGGCAUCCCACGGACAAGCCGAAGCGCCGUGUCAACAAGACUCGCAUCGUCCACGAACUAGGCAAGCUUGGCGUGUAUGCACAAGGCAUUAAGUUCGGCGCUGGCUUCCUGACACCAGGCAGCAAGGCCUACAAUCACAUCUACUCCUUCAACGAGAACACCUUCGAUGACCUGUGUACAAAGAAGACUGACAACAAAGCCAUCAUGGAGAAGCACAAUGUCAAACACCUCAUGCGCGUCUACCCCGCAGCGAAGCGGGUCGAUUCAUCGAAUUUCAACCCCAUGACCGUCUGGCGCCGUGGAGGACAGAUGGCCGCUCUCAACUGGCAGACCUACGAUGUUCCGCAGCAGAUCAACGAGGCCAUGUUUGCCGCGGGAACGGAUCGUCUAGGCUAUGUCUUGAAGCCGGAAGAGUUACGACACGCCAAGCACCAAAAUGUACUGGAAGGCACCGAACUAGCACAAAAACAUGACGAAAAGGGAGGCAAGAAAAGCGUGAGGUUUAGCGUCGACAUCAUCUCCGCUCAACGCCUGCCACGACCACGCAACCAAACCUCCGGUGCUGGCAUGAAUCCGUACAUUGAGUUUGAGAUGUUCUAUGCUGAAGACAAGGAACGUGUCAGCACGAAGCCUCAGAACAGUAUGGACGGGUCAGGACAGGAUCUUCCGUUCGAGAAGGUGCUACCGAGCCGCAGCCGGACGAGGAUUGUUGAAGGCAAUGGUUUCGACCCUCAGUACCACCAGAAUAUCACCAGUUCUGUCGAGACCAAGUUUCCCAGCCUGGUCUUUGUGCGCUGGACGGUGUGGAACGCCCCCCAGGGCAAGAAGUCAGGCUCCAAUGGUGUGCUACUCGCAGCGUAUACCGCCAAGCUCAGUAGUCUGCAGCAAGGUUACCGGCACCUCCCGCUAUUCAACCCACAGGGCGAACAGUAUCGCGAUGCGAAGCUAUUCGUCAAGAUUAAGACCGGCACACCUGUCGCGCUGCCGGCACCGAGGGACGAGAAUUGGUUCUACGACCCGACCGUCUCGCCCAGGGAUACAGGCCGACCGGAGCGUACGUGGCCACAGCGCCUCUUCAGCCGCGCUCCCAGCCAGAGGCGCAGGGAAUACAGUGACAUUUCCGCACCCUUGAGUCGCACCUCGAGCAUGGACCGUGAGUCCUUACGAUGACCAACAUUUUUUAUUUAUGAUACCCGCGCACUUACUUGGAGUUUCUGUCUUGGGAUUAUCGGCAGACAGCGGGCGUGCUGUACCGGAUGGCAUUCUUGAUAACAUACAGUCUUAUACCCCAUUGCGCGAGUCUUGUUGGGCAUAUCAUACGUCGGAGCGAAGCACCUGACCAGAGAUGGAUUGCGUGAUGACAAACGCAGAAUUUCAUUUGUUAUUACAUUGUACAAUAGUUGUUGAGCUCUCGGAUGCUCCAGGGUUCCAUUUUGCACAUCUGUCCUACUGGUUUAGGGAGAUGAUGUGCCUGUAUGACGAGCCCUUUGCAGUUGCAAUGCAAAGAGGCAACGAUAUUAGAAUAUGAAUGGUGAACGCAGUCGCCGCCUCAGCUUU